AUGCAGUAUGGCUAUCAGACUCAUGGCUUCACCCUUGAAGAAAAAACAGAGGGUACAGUACUGAUGAAAAUGAUUGAAUGGCCAAUGCCUCCCGAUCCCAGUGUGCCCUUUAGGAAAAGCAGCGACCCACUGCAUACUUGUUUUAUCAUUUUAAAUCAUGAGAAGACUUUCCACGUUGGAGAUAAAUUGCAGGUGAUGCUGCGAAUGUUUGACUUUGAUGGAAAUCCAAAACAAUAUGGAGGUGACUACCUGCAAGCGCGGAUUCACAGCCCAGAGUUAAAGGCUGGUUCAGCAGGGACAGUUAUAGAUAACCAAAAUGGAUAUUAUUACAUUCAUUUUACUUUAUCCUGGCCGGGUAAAGUCCAAGUGUCAGUUUCCCUCGUUCAUCCCAGUGAAGGGAUCAAAGUACUAAAACGGCUGCGUGAAGAACGACCAGAUCGAAUUUAUAUGCAAAGCACUUUCAAAGCUGGAGCAAUUUCAAAGACUACUGUUUGCAAUCUGUUUUUAACUCCAACUAAACCACUAUGUAACUUUACUGAUCUCAGGACAGGAGAGCCUUGGUUCUGUUACAAACCAGAAAAUCUUCCGUGUUCUACUCGAAUCAAUCAUGCUCGGGGUGGAGUUAUAAGGGGUAUUAGAAUAUUUGACCUUGGCAAUCCUAAAGAGGCUGGCCCUCACUGUGCCUUCGACAUACAGAACAACAUCAUGCUGGAGUAUUUUACUCAUGGCCCGCCAAUCUAUUUCGUCCCUUUUUCAAGCCAGCAUGUGAACUACAUUUCAAAUAAACUGAAUGAAAUUGAAGGAGGGAAAGACACAGUUAUUAUCAUUGGUAUCUGUGCCCAUUUCUGCACUUUCCCAGUUGAAGUGUACAUCAGGAGGCUGCAGCAUAUUCGAAGAUCGAUUCUACAGCUGCUCAGCAGGAAUCCAGAUACGGUGGUCGUUAUAAAGACUGGGAAUGUACGGGCCUAUGUACCAGAUGUAAUUCUUAACUACAGCGACUGGUUCACUUUUCAACUUCAUUUAGUAUUGAGAACGAUGUUUGCGGGCAUCAAAGUAGUAUUUGUGGAUGCAUGGGCAAUGACCAUAGCCCACUACCUGCCCCAUAACAUUCACCCAUUGCAAAUUAUAAUCAAGAAUGAAAUAGAUGUGUUUCUUUCACACAUGUGCCCUUUCAAUAAAAGGUAA